GCCAUUUUGAAUGAAGGACAGGGGAGUAAAGAAGUCCGAAAGGGGGCUUUCUCACGGGAACGGGGAUGCAUUAAACACAGGUUUAAUAAGAUGAUUAGCGAUGGUGGACGGCCACUGGUGACAAUCGAGCGGUUGACGUUGAAGCAGACGUGAUCGGGAGGGAUUUGGGGAAGCCUUACUUGCAGUAGAGAAAAUACAGUGAAACUGCAAAGAUGGAUGCUGCUUUUGAGGAGGCUGAGGUGAAGAUCAUCACAGAGGAGGUGGAGAGCUGUUACACCGUCAUGGAGGUUUCCUCCCCCAAACGGAGACGACGAGGGAGAAGCCAAGGGGAGCCUGUGGAUAAAUCCAAAAAGCCCAGGUCUGCAUACCUCCUGUACUAUUUCGACGUCCACCAGAGUAUGCAGCAGGAGUAUCCUGACCUCCCGCAGUCUGAAAUCAACAAGAGGAUCAGCGAGAGUUGGAAAAGGCUCAACGUGGCUGACAAAGGCUACUAUCUGGAGAGGGCUAAGCUGGAGAAAGACGGAAUUGACGCAAGCAGCCAAACGGUGGGCACUUCUGCAGAUGUCCCAGGCUUCCGGAAGAUUCUCCCCCGAGCAAACUAUGUGCUGCUUCCUAAGGGAACGAUGGCAGAGGACAGGGCGGGUGGGCCGGUGGAGGUGUGCGUGGAGACUGUCGACCCCAUGGGGGACGGACUCCAGCCACUGUCGCACGAGGCCCUCUUCUCGCCGAUGGCCCUCGGCAGCGAGGUUGAGCUGUCAGAGCAGUGCAUCGCCAUCGAGGGGCUGACGGACGAGACGGCCGCGGCGCUGAGCCGCUCCGGCGCUCUGCAGGAGAUCCUGUCCCAGUGCUCAUCCAACGGCACGCAGGAUAAGCAGCCGUCCGGCUUCCUCGUCAAGGAGGAGCCUGCGGAAACAGGCGAGGCCUACACCACUGUCGGCAUGGAGAUGGAGGAGAGGAUCACGGGUACCUCUGUGGUGCACCAGGUCAAAGACGACUCCACACACCUGGUCACCAUAGUUCCCAGCCCAGACUUGGUGGAAACCAAAGUAGCAUCUGUACCAAGUUCUGUCCUCAUGUUUCCUGUUGGGUCCACUCAGGAGCCUGAUCCCAAACCCUCAUUUAAACUGUCAAUAAAAUACACUAGAAGAGGGCGGGGAAGCUGCCACACUCCAGGCUGCUCCUUCUCCUACGUCACCCGUCACAAACCGCCCAACUGCCCGGAAUGUGGACAGCACCUCGGGGGCAAGUGGGUGGCCAGCGCGAAGAGAGGUCAGACCAAAGCAGCCGCUCUGACCUCUAAAUCAUCUGCGCGGAAGCCGACAAAGCAUCCAGGGGGCAGUGACCAGCCCGGCGUGACUCAGCUGCCCGAGCCAGUGACGCAGUUGGCCGUGGCAACGGCCGCAUCCGACACCAACGGAACACAGCGGAAAGAAGCGGUCAUGACUGGCAACUCCCCAAUGGGUGCCUCAUCCACCCCUCAGGGCAGGAACAUGGAGAACGAGGGGGUUGUCGGUGAACCCACAGAUCCUAACAUGAAUCAGCGACAAGCGCUUGUACAGAAAUCACCUGCAGGGGGCAGCGUAGGUCUUAUGCAGCAGGCAACUGGAACAAAGACAUCAGCAAUCUGCCUGAAAGGGGCACCAGCUCCCAGUGUCCGGGGCAAAACACGGCAGAAGAGCCUCAACUUUGGGCCAAAGAGGCCAGUUCGCGCCAUCCUGCCUGCACCCACACAAAUAGGUCCCGGCUCUCGAGCUGCUUUUGUCCAGUGGGUGACGGUGCCACCAGACAAGGUCAAAGAUGCAGCUCUGUCCAAAAUAAACAGCAAAGCAGGCAAGCCAGCAGCAGGGAAGGUUCCAAGCCUGAAGCCCAACACACUCAAGCAACUUGGGCAGGCUGUUAAACCUUUGCAGCUGGAACAGAAUCAUCCUGUUCCUGCCAACACUAGUCACUAUAUAGUGACCGACAAAGGGCUGAAGAUUCUGUCUGUUGUGUCCUUCAAACAGAACACAACCUCCAUGUUGGAUUUGGGCUUGUCCACAGCCCGAGGCCGGGGCAAGUGCAAGAACCCCACCUGUGACUAUGUGUACAAGAACCGGCACAAGCCUCAGGUGUGUCCGAGCUGCGGCUGGGAGCUCAGCAAGAAGGCGGCCAGCAAGCCCAAGCUCUUUAGCGGUCCGGAACCGGCCUCUGCCGUUCUGCUGGACCCGUACCGCGCCCUGAGCCCGACCCAAAAGGAGACGCAGCGGCAGUCGACCCUUCAGCUGCUGCGCGGCUCCAUCCAGCUGCCCGAGAGCGAGGCGGAGCUUCCCGAGGCCAUGGCGCUCAUCCAGGAGCUGAACAGCACGCAGGUGGUGCUUUCUGGGGCCGGCGACGAGUGCGAGGCAGUGCAGCAGAGCGGCUGGCCCCGCUUCUACGAGUCGGCCGCCCGCGAGUGCGGCCUCUGCAGCUUCCCCCUCUUUAAGGGCGGCCAAGGCUCGGUGGCGGGGCAGGAGGACUGCUGGCUUCUGACUGACUCCCACCUCCAGACAGCUACUAUCCAGCUGAAGAUCUGCCUGAACCCCCAGUGCCUUGCGCUGCACAGCUUCUGUGACAUACACCCAGGUCUCUUUAACGUGGGCAACAAACUGCUGGUGAGCUUGGAUCUCCUCUUCAAGAUCCGCAGCCAGAUCAAGCUUGGACACGACCCCAGCGAGGCGGCCCUGAUGAUCCUGAACGGGGUGCAGAACCAGCCUGUGCACACGCUCAGCCCCAGCGAGGUCUCCCACAUCCAGGAGCUGCUCUGCAGCGGCUACUGGGCCUUCGAGAGCCUGACGCCCCGCGACUACAAUGACAUGAUCUGCGGGGUGUGCGGCAUCGCGCCCAAGGUGGAGAUCGCGCAGCGCAACCCCAACAAUGUGCUGCAGCUGAAGAAUGUGGAGUUCACCUGGCCAGACUUCCAGGCGGCGGACGAGGUUAACGUGGAUGACUUCUGGCUGACGAUGGAGAGCGAGGCCAUCGAGCAGGCCGCCUUCCCCUCCAGCAUCCCCAUCACCAAGUUCGACGCAUCCAUUAUAGCUCCCUUCAUCCCGCCUCUGAUGCGAAACUCGUUCAUCAUCAACACUGAGAAGGACAAGAACGUGUCGGACCUCACACCUGCAGGUGACCCUGCGGUUCUGGUGCGCCUGAUCCACGAGGGUACCCUGAAGCCGGCGCUGAUCCAGGAGCACAGCGCAGAGGAGCUCAGGGAACUGCUGGAGCGCUGUGGAUCCCCCUGUGACCCCGGCAGCUCCAAGGGCCAGAUGAUGGGGGCCGUGUGUGCCCUGUACGCCUAUGUCCAGAAUGGCCUUGCUUCCGUGCCCCAGCCUCCCUCUCACCUGACGGCCGGCAAGCUCUAUAAGAUCUGUCCUCACCAGGUGGUGUGUGGCUCCAAGUACAUGGUGAGGGGCGAGAGUUCCCGGGACCAUGUGGACCUGCUGAUGUCGUCCCGCUACUGGCCGCCGGUGUACGUGACGGACUCUGCCCGCCAGGUGGCGCUCUGCACUGACGUCCAGUACCCAGAGCUGGCCUCCCAGAUGUGGGGUAGGAAUCAAGGCUGCUUCUGUGAUCCACUGGGUGACCCAGAGUAUGUGUCCUGCGCCGAGCUCCAGGACCAGCAUUACGGCCUGGACCUGCCAGGGGUGGAGUCAUCCCAGGUGCACCCUGUCACCAGAUCCCCGUCCCGCUGGGUCGUGCAUCCCGGGCAGGUGGGGGCGGAGUCUCCCGUGCCGCGCCACUACUUCAUGGAGCUCUGCCAGGAGCUGGAGCCUUACAGUAGCCUGGUGGCUUCGCUGCAGGAGGCGGGGCCUGAGGGGGGCAGCGUGCGGAACAAACCCCUGGCUUUCGACAACGCCGCCUACUACUACCUUUACAACCGGCUGAUCGACUUCCUCACCAGCAAGGACAUUGUCAACCAGCAGAUCAACGAGGUGCUGCAAGGCUGCCAGCCUGGGGAAGUGGUCAUCCGGGACGCCCUGUACCGCUUGGGUGUGGCUCAAAUCAACACGGAGGCGGAACCGGGGGUGGAGCUGGAGGAGGAGACUGGCCUGCCAUAGGGCAAGGAAGGACACCCCAAAUAUCUGUUCUCCAAUCAGAAAAUACUGUCUGCAAGUCUUGAAGCCCCUUGAAGUCCCUGCUUGCUCUUUUACCGUGACAACAAGAAUAUGUGCUUUUGAGCUGUUUCUUCAGACCAGACUGGGGCUGUUGUGGUGAUGGAGCUGGCUGACUAGCUAAUGCUCCGAUGGCGGUGCAUUUGAGGGGGCGGGGCUCAGGGUCACCCCUCUAAGUUGACAGGAUGGUACAGUCCUGGGCCCUGGUUAAAUUAUCUCACAACCAAAGAUGAAUUCUGGAAUUUCAGCCUCUCCUCACGGUGAUAUAAAGCAUAUUUAUAUCUGCUGUGGAGGUGUGUAGGGUUAUGUAUCUUUAUAGACACUCCCCUCGAACCAUUUCAGCCGGUAUCAAGCCUGGUCACUCCCUGCUCCUCAUUGGCUAUCCUGAAGGGUCAUUGUAUAUCAACUUACAUUAUUUAUUACAGUGUUUUCUGUUAUUUCCAAAUGUGUUUCUAUUACUUUUGUGUCUGUUUAUUAGGGGUUCAGGCAAUCAGCGUUAGCUGCUAGAUCCCGAUUGUUUUCGCAAAGAUACUUAUUUUUAUCACUAUUUCAACUGAAAUUAUAAAAUGAUCAGUAUUCUUGCAUUUAUUUUCUUAGUUUUCUUAGCCAUUUUUUUCCACACCUUACAUGAAUGAGCUGUUUUUAAAAAAAGUUACUCUUCAGCGGAUCUAGAAUAGCUGUAACCCUGGGGUAU